CUAUAAUUAAAUCUGAUGCCUUCAUUUUCAGAUAUCUGACUUAAACAAUGAGUAUUGCUCGAUUGCCUAAAAUGGACAAAGUGACGUGUAACAAUAAAUAUUAAAGAGAAAUUGGACCAAUUAGUGUUUUACCUGUAAAGACCACAAUUGACCUUUGUUGGAGGUAUUUUUAAAAAGCGAUACUUGGAAAAUAAUAUCGAGCAAGGUCAAAGUAAUGUUCAGCACAGCUUCUCUGUGCCCUGAAGGGGGUCUUCCCUCCGCAUUUUACCCUGGCGGGUCCGGCCCUUCAUCCUUCAAACAGAAGAGUGCGGCGGAAAAGAGAAAGAAGUUCCUCCGACGACUGGUCAAGUUCCGCCAGAUGGACUUCGAGUUUGCGCUCUGGCAGUUCUUGUAUUUAUUCGUGUCACCUCAGAAAGUCUACCGAAAUUUCCAGUACCGAUACAGUACGAAGAACCAGUACGCGAGAGAUGACCCAGCUUUCCUGGUGCUAUUGGCAAUCUGUCUAACAGUGUCCUCGGCUGUGUUCUCUGUCGUACUUGGUCUGGGCUUCUUCGGGUUCCUGAAGUUCUUUUUAUGGACUGUGUUCGUGGACACUAUCGCAGUCGGCAUGCUAGUUGCCACCACUCUAUGGUUUCUGGCCAACCGAUACUUAGUCAUGCAGUCCCGUCACAGACGUCCAGGGAUGGGUGGAGGGGUUGGCGCUAGUCUCGGUGAAGUUGGCGAGUCUGAGAUCGAGUGGGCGUAUGCAUUCGACAUCCACCUCAAUGCAAUCGUGCCAGUGAUCACUAUUCUACAUGGAGUCAUUCUUCUGCUGAUUUCACUGGUGACGCAUAGCAACGUGGCAAGUGUGGCCAUUGGCAAUCUACUAUGGGUGGUGUCUGUGGGCUACUAUGUCUACAUCACCUUCCUCGGCUACUCCUCCCUCUCCAUCCUCCACUCGACCCAACUGCUCCUCUACCCACUCCUGCCCACCCUCUUCCUCUACUGUCUCUCAAUCAUGUUCUCCUGGAACUACACCACCUGGCUCCUCUCCUUCUACUCCUCAAGAGUACAGUCGUAGUCGCUGUGUAUACUAUUAUGGAUAGAGGCUUCAGCACAUCAGCAAUAUAAGUGAAAGCGUUUGACAGCAGGUGAAACACAACGAUGUAUGAAUCAUAUGGUGAAGUACAGAAACACUGAAAUGUGAUUGGGUAGAUUAAAGUAAUUGGCAAGGAAGAACGUGUGCGGUUGUUCCCUGUGAGGAAAAUCAAUGCGUUCUUGCCAGAACAAAACUCAAUUAUUCCCUUGAGCCUGCUGCAUGUGAAACUUUUUUGUCAUUUUUUGUCGUUAAACAAGCUUUCUUCUGGGAUGAGGAAUACGAUCUAAAGAUUUGUAUUUUAGCGUUACUGAACGUAAUUGAACAAGCUCGUAUCCAAGAACAAGUUAACAUAAAUAAUGAUAGAACAUGCCUUAUAUAUUUAUCUAGCUGAACUU